AUUCCACUGACUUCAUCGAUGCCCUGUACCUGCGCCAGUCUUGCAGCUUAUCAGAAUCAUCGGAUCUUUCUCCACUGAUAUCGCCUGUUUCUGCAUUCUCUAUUACCAUCCUCGUCCUCCUGCUCCCAAGAAUCCUCAACAACAUUAGGAACCUGCUCAUGGCGACGACUACAGCGACGGUGACGGCUGACCCCGCGCCGCAAGCGCAGCAGUUUCCCCUCCCAAAGAUCCUCGAAUACCCCGCGUCGACCCCGCCAAUCCUCAUCACCCAAGGUGCCGAGGGUCGCCUCUACAAAACCACUUACCUAUUACCCGAUAUUCCCUGCGCCCUCAAGUAUCGCCCUCCUAAGCCCUGGCGUCACCCGAUUCUUGAUCAGCGGCUCACGAAACACCGGAUCCUUUCAGAAGCUCGUAUUCUUGCAAAGUGUCGCCGCGAUGGGGUUCGUGUACCAGCUGUGUAUGCUGUGGAUGAAUCUGCUGGGUGGUUGAUGCUGGAAUGGAUAUCUGGAGGCCCUGUUCGAAAGAGCAUCAAUGAGCGGCUCGGAAAUAGAACUGAAGGCAUAGAGAGCGAUGCUGAGCUGAAGGACCUCAUGCGAAGGAUCGGUACUGCUAUUGGCAACAUGCACAAGGUCGGCAUUGUCCAUGGUGACUUGACCACAAGCAACAUGAUGUUGCAACCCCCAGCUAACCCCCAAGAUGGUAAUUCCUUACAUGGAGAAUUGGUUAUUAUCGAUCUGGGUCUUGCGAGUGGAAGUAUAUCAGACGAAGACCGGGCAGUGGAUCUCUACGUUCUGGAGAGAGCAUUUGGUAGCACACAUCCAAGAGCAGAGUGCCUCUUUCCAGAGGUGCUCGAAGCCUAUGGCCAGACCUUCAAACAGGCCAAGAUUGUUCUCAAGAAGCUAGAAGACGUGCGGAUGAGAGGCCGCAAACGAAGCAUGCUUGGGUAAACAAAAA